UGUAGACACCACCAGAACGAAAUUCCUUCCCCCUUUUUCUUUUCUUCCAAACAGGAAAACUCCGAGAGAAUCUUGGUACUUUGACCGGCGGUGGUGCUCUUUGGUCGUCAUCUAUGAUGGUUCGGCGGGGCAACCCGACGAGGGGCCGAUUUUGGCCCCAAAUGCUAGUGGCUGUGGCCGUAGUUGUUCUUGCGGGCAAUGUAGGUUCAGUGUCUGCUGAUCCUUAUAUUUAUUCUUCGCCUCCACCUCCUUAUAAGUACAAAUCACCACCACCACCUUCUCCUUCUCCACUGCCGCCUUAUGUGUAUAAGUCUCCACCACCACCAUCACCUUCUCCUCCACCUCCUUAUGAGUACAAGUCUCCACCUCCUCCAUCUCCAUCACCACCUCCUCCGUAUGUCUACAAGUCUCCACCACCACCUUCACCAUCCCCACCACCUCCAUACAUAUACAAAUCUCCACCACCACCACCAAAACACGAGGAGCAACCCCCAUACUACUACAAGUCUCCUCCACCACCUUCACCAUCCCCACCACCUCCUUACGUCUACAAGUCUCCACCACCACCACCUAAACACGAGGAGCAACCCCCAUACUACUACAAGUCUCCUCCACCACCUUCACCAUCCCCACCACCUCCAUACGUUUACAAAUCUCCUCCACCACCACCAAAACAUGAGGAGCAGCCCCCGUACUAUUACAAGUCUCCACCACCACCUUCACCAUCCCCACCACCUCCAUACGUUUACAAAUCUCCUCCACCACCACCAAAACAUGAGGAGCAGCCCCCGUACUACUACAAGUCUCCACCACCACCUUCACCAUCCCCACCACCUCCAUACGUCUACAAGUCUCCACCACCACCACCGAAACACGAGGAGCCCCCGUAUUACUACAAGUCUCCACCACCACCUUCACCAUCCCCACCACCUCCAUACGUCUAUAAAUCCCCACCACCACCACCGAAACAUGUAGAGCUGCCCCCAUACUACUACAAGUCUCCUCCACCACCUUCCCCAUCCCCACCACCUCCAUACGUCUACAAGUCCCCUCCUCCACCACCGAAACACGAGGAGCAGCCCCCAUACUACUACAAGUCUCCACCACCACCUUCACCAUCCCCACCACCUCCAUACGUCUACAAGUCUCCACCACCACCACCGAAGCACGAGGAGCAGCCCCCAUACUACUACAAGUCUCCACCACCACCACCGAAGCACGAAGAGCAGCCCCCAUACUACUACAAGUCUCCACCACCACCGGUGAAAUCUCCUCCUUAUUACUACAAUUCUCCACCACCACCAAGUCCUUAUUAUCCUCACCCUCAACCUCACCCCCACCCGCACCCGCACCCCCAUCCCCUCAUUGUCAAGGUGAUCGGAAAAGUUUACUGCUACAGAUGCUAUGACUGGACCUAUCCAGUGAAGUCACACAACAAGAAACAUCUCAAAGGUGCUGUCGUGGAAGUGACAUGCAAAGCAGGAGAUAAGGAAAUCACUGUCUACGACAAGACUAGAAUCAAUGGCAAAUUCAGCGUUGCAGUUCCUGGGUUCGACUAUGCUAAAUAUGGAGCCGACGCUUGCACGGCCAAGCUCCAUGCCCCACCCAAGGGUUCACCAUGCAACAUAGCCACGAGCCUACACAAGGGCGACAAGGGUGCCGAGCUCAAGGUCUAUUCAAAGGACAAGUACGAGGUUGUGCUCAAGGCUAAGCCAUUUGCUUAUGCUCCCAAGAAACCAUACAAGGGAUGCGAGAAACCGAAACCGAAGCCUCCGGCUCCGUACUACUACAAAUCUCCACCACCACCACCACCCACCUAUGUUUACAAGUCACCACCUCCUCCUCCAUACUACUACAAGUCUCCACCACCACCGAAUCCCACAUAUGUUUACAAGUCACCACCUCCUCCUCCAUACUACUACAAGUCUCCACCACCACCAAGCCCCACAUAUAUUUACAAGUCACCACCACCUCCGUACUACUACAAGUCUCCACCACCACCGGUCCACUCUCCACCACCACCUACUACAAGUCCCCACCUCCACCACCAAAACACGAAGAACACCCCCAUACUACUACAAAUCUCCUCCCCCACCAUCGCCGUCUCCUCCUCCACCAUACUAUUACAAAUCCCCGCCACCACCAGUCCACUCUCCACCUCCACCAUACUAUUACAAAUCACCACCACCACCAGUCCAUUCUCCUCCUCCACCAUACUACUACAAGUCCCCACCCCCACCACCAAAACACGAAGAACAACCCCCAUACUACUACAAAUCUCCUCCACCACCAUCGCCAUCUCCUCCACCAUAUUAUUACAAAUCUCCACCACCACCGGUCCACUCUCCACCUCCACCAUACUACUACAAAUCACCCCCACCACCGGUUCACUCUCCACCACCACCCUACUACUACAAGUCUCCACCACCACCAGUCCACUCUCCACCACCAUAUUACUACAAAUCACCCCCACCUCCAAUAAAGGCUCCGGCACCUACCUACCAUUACAACUCUCCUCCUCCACCAUCACCAUCACCUCCACCCCCAUACUACUACAAGUCCCCACCACCUCCAUCGCCAUCUCUUCAUCCACCAUACUACUACAAAUCACCCCCACCACCGGUUCACUCUCCGCCACCACCAUACUACUACAAGUCUCCCCACCCCCAAUAAAAGCUCCAGCACCAACUUAUCACUACAAAUCCCCACCACCACCACCAUCUCCUUCACCACCCCCACCAUACUAUUACAAGUCACCCCCACCUCCGGUGAAGGCUCCAGCACCUACAUACCACUACAACUCCCCUCCUCCACCAUCACCAUCUCCCCCUCCCCCAUACCACUACAAAUCUCCCCCACCACCAUCUCCCUCGCCCCCUCCUCCAUACUACUACCACUCACCUCCCCCACCAGUGAAAUCACCUCCACCUCCGGUCUACAUUUAUGCUUCUCCACCACCACCAAUCCCCUACUAGAUCCGGAAAGAUCAACUGCACAUCGUUCAUGUUCUAGUUUCACA